UCACGCUGCACAGUCAAGGCGUCCUCAACAACCACACUUCAGGCCGCCCUGUCCGCGGCAUCACUCCACUGCCAUCUUUCUCUCACAGCAAUACCACCGCAAUGUGGAAUCCGUGGCGCGAAAAUUUGAAGGACACGCCGAAAGAGGCUCUCAACUGGCGGCUCUGGUAUGGGGUUUUCGUUUUCGGUCUUAUGGGCGCUGCCCGAGGAAUCGACGAGGGCUUGAUUGGAACGACUGCAGAGCUCAAACCCUUCAUCAACAAGUUCGGCCUGGAGGAUCCGGACAAGUCGGAGCAUGAGCAGGCAGAGCUUCUUUCAAACAUCACAAGUAUGGUGCAAAUGGGCUCUAUCCUCGGCGCCCUCGUUGCCUUCUAUCUUACCGACAAGAUUGGUCGUCUCUGGGCUACACGGCUCCUUUGUCUCCUUUGGGUGACGGGUAUCUCGAUCUUUCUGGGCAGCGCGGCUACCGGAAGCAUUGGUAUGGUCUACGCGGGGCGCUUCAUCGCAGGUAUCGGUAUCGGUCAAACCACGGUCGUUGCGCCUACGUAUCUUGCCGAGACAGCACCAAGGGCUAUCCGAGGUCUUUGCGUCUGCGCAUUUGCAGGUGCGGUCUAUAUCGGUAUCAUGCUCGCGUACUUCGCUUCAUGGGGCUCCUCGAUCCACAUCUCGUCCGACACCGAUGCGCAAUGGCUUGUGCCGAACAGCAUGCAUCUUAUGUUUGCCGGCAUCAUCUUCACACUGUCCUGGCUUAGCCGCGAAUCACCUCGCUGGCUCAUCAAAGUCGGGCGUCAUGAAGAGGCCUUGGAGACCCUCACGCGUCUCCGCCAGCUCCCUCCCGACCAUCCAUACGUUACCUCUGAGAUCAUUGACAUCAAUGAUCAACUAAACCGCGAGCGAGAAGCAACCAUGGGAACAUCUUGGCUGGGUCCCAUCCGCGAACUAUUUGCAAGCAAGGCAAAUUUGUAUCGCAUUCAGCUCAGUAUCAUGUCGCAGCUGCUGUCUCAAUGGUCGGGCGCGAAUUCAAUCACAAUUUACGCUCCGCAAUAUUUUGAAAUGAUGGGCACUACCGGUCAACGGGAAAAGCUCUUCGCGACGGCCAUCUUUGGCCUCGUUAAAUUCAUCUCCAGCAUCAUCUGCGCCUUCUUCCUCAUCGACUUCAUCGGCCGCAAGCGCGCGCUCUCCACAGGUAUCACCCUGCAGCUCCUUUCCAUGCUCUACAUGGCCAUCUUCCUGCUCAUCGACCGAAGUGUCGGCGACGACGACACCCCGCAGUCCCCGAGCAUGAAGCACGCAGCCACCGGCGCAAUCGUGAUGAUCUACUUCAGCGGCUUCGGGUGGGCGCUGGGGUGGAACAGCAUCCAAUACCUCAUCAAUUCGGAGAUCUACCCUCUCCGUUUGCGUGCUCUCGGCGGCAGUAUCGCGAUGACGUUCCACUUCGUUAAUCAGUAUGGGAACUCGAAGGCUGUGCCGCUAAUGUUUAUUGGUAUGACACACGGCGGGACUAUGCUUUUCUUUAGCUGCGUGACGGCUAUUGGGCUCGUGUGGGUGUGGUUCUUCUUGCCUGAGACGACGGGCAAGAGUCUGGAGGCUAUGGAUGAGAUGUUCAAUCUCCCGUGGCAUCUUAUUGGACGGAAGGGCGCGCAGCUUACGAGGGGUAGCGGGGGAAUGUCGGAGGUGCUGGAUACGGAGGGCGAGAAGGCGGCGGCGGAGCAGAUGGAGGAGAAGCCUGGGGCUGUGGCGACGAGGACACGCUCGGUCUAAAUCCGGUUUCAAGAGAAGCAGGAAACGUCAUCGAAAAAUGACGAAAGGACACGAAGAAGUUGAACGAGGUAUGAACGAACGAGGACGACUUUGACCUG